AUGACGUCUGAGGGAGAGUCUAAUACUCCUCAGGCAAGGGCAGAUUCCCAACUAAAAGAUAUAGUUUUGGACAAGAUAGCGCAGAGGUUAGCAACCAGUGUGGGCUCAGUACGAGCCGACAUAGAGAAGAAAUAUGGUAUUGAGAGGUUUAAAGCCCUAGGGGCUGUGACAUUCGAAGGUACAGCAAACCCAGCUGAAGCCGAGUUAUGGCUGGAUGUAGUUGAAAAAUGUUUCAAUAUUAUGAACUGUCCAGAGGAGAGGAAGGUAGGGCUAGCCACCUUUCUACUACAAAAAGGAGCGGAGAAAUGGUGGAAAGUGAUAUUCGCCAGACGAGCCAGUUUAAAUGCGAUGUUAUGGCCUGAGUUCAGAAGGCCUUUGAAGACAAGUAUUACCCUAGCUCGUUCCGAGAUGCGAAAAAGGAUGAAGUUCCUUCAGACUGACGUAGGAACGAUGUCAAUGGCAGGAUAUGAGCAGAAAUUUACAGAGUUAUUCACAGUAUGCUCUACCGAUUAUUGCUGA